GAAAAAAAAAAAGGCGAGCGUGUUGCGGCUUGGAUGGAAACAAUGACUUUUCCAUCAAAAAGAACGGGCAGCGAGAAUCGGCGUGUUUUGGACGUGGCGGAUAGCAUCGAUUCGCAUAUCGCCGUCUUGUGAACAGCUACCGGCUCUUUUUUUUUAGCUCCUUCCUCUCCAGUUCUUCUGUGAAACGCGGUGAGUGGGUUGAGCUAUAGAGGAUUGAGAGAUCACCCGCAGUCACAAAUAACAUAAUGGGCGGCGGCGGAGGUAGCAGUGGGAAUGGUGUUAUUGCGGCGCCUGGGAUCCCUUCAGGGGCGAGGAAGAUGGUGCAAAGUCUCAAGGAGAUCGUGAAUCUCCCUGACCAAGAGAUCUAUUUCACGCUCAAGGAGUGCGGGAUGGACCCUAGCGAGGCCGUACAACGCCUCCUUUCCCAAGAUUCAUUUCAUGAAGUGAAGAGCAAACGUGACAAGAAGAAGGAGGUAAAAGAACUCUCUGAAUCUAGGACUCGAACAAAUAAUAAUACUUUCAGUCAGGGAGUUCUCGGUAGUUCUGACUGUGGGCCACGACCUAGUUUCACUCAGAGCAGUUUAAAUGGUUUUGGAGUCAAUCGUGGUAAGGCUCUGCAAAAGAAGGAAGAUGGGGUAUGCAGUGUUCCAUCUUCCUCAAAUGUUGGAGCUAGAUCUGAUAUUAAUAAAAAAUCAACAAUCAUAAGUGAAAAUGUUUCUACAGAAAGCCUUUUUGGAGGAACUGGUAUCGCUGGUGGGAGUUCUCUGCAUUCACAACCAUCAUCAGGAUAUCAACAUGGUUGGACGGGGAUUCCUGGUCGUUUUUCAAUGGCUGAUAUUGUUAAAAUGGGUAGGCCUCAAGGCAAGCUGCCAAUGACCUCUACAUCUGCGGGAAAUGCAUCAAAUGUUUCACAUCAAUUCACAUCAGACACGUCUAAGCCUGGCGUCAAGCAUUCUGUGACCCAUGAUCUGCCUUCAGAAUUAGAUCAGGGAGUUCAUUCUUCUCAAGGUCUUCAUCAGCAGGCACAAGUUAUCAAUUAUGAACCAGGAACUAUUAGUAACAACCAUGUUUCUCAUGAUAGUUGGCCCGCUGCUAAUCAGUCCCAUCCUGGAACUACUUCGAACAUUCUGGAGACUUUUGGAUCUGCUAUCUCUUAUGCUGAUACAUCUAAGACUGCUUUUGUUGAUGAAGUUCAGGUGCAUCAGACUUUACGAGAUGAAUCUCCUGAGCCUGAGAAGAGUGCUGAAUCUGAUACUUCAUCAGAAGAAUUUUCAAGGUCUGAAACCAUAUCCGAAGGGGAAAUUGAUGAGCACAAUUUUGAAGGUGAGGAUACCAAUGUAGAAAUUUCAUCAGCUGCUGCAAACUUGCAGAAUCUGAGUAUUGAAAAGGUUGGGCUAGCUGGAUCAACAGUGGAAGACAACCCUGCUGUAAUAAUUCCAAGACACCUGCAAAUUACUAAUGCUGAUUGCUCACAUCUAUGCUUUGGUAGUUUUGGUUCCGGAGUUAGCACUUCCUUACCCAGAUCAUUACAGCCAAAGCCACUGCACAACAGCUCAGAGGUCAUAACAGUUGAUGAUGUUCGUCCACUUGAUCAUUCAAAUGCCAGAAACUCCAGUUACUAUGAUAAUGCUGAGCUAAAAUCCCAAAUAAAUGAAGAUGUACUUUCUAGAGUUUCUAUGAAUGCAAUGAAUUAUGAAAUAUCUGCAGCUUCAGAAGCUGAGGUUAUCCGGGAUGAUGCAAUGAAUAGCACACGUGAACUGCAGUAUAAUCUUCCUUCUUUAUCUGAUUAUGGAACUUCAACUUCCACGCAAGAGAGUGAUGCAGCAUUUGAACAUCCGCAAACUAAUUUACAAAUGCAUAAUCUUUCCUCUUUGUCAAAUAUGAUGCAGCCAUAUACAAGUUCGUUAUCUAGCAGUUUAUUGGCACCUACUAUGCCUAUCAAAGAUGUUGAAAUUCCCUUUUCAUCUUUACUUACAACCCCAUCUGCGCCUACAAAACACAGUGUUGCAACCUCUAACGGCGGGACAACUGUUCCCUUGCAAGAGGUGAAACCAAAUGCUUUCUCCGAUCACCAGUCACAGGCUCCUCAAAGUUCCCCUAACACCAGCAUCACCACUGGCCAUGCAGUCCCUCAACAUCUUCCUUUACACCCUUAUUCUCAAGCAACACUGCCUUUAGCGCCAUUUGCUAAUAUGAUUAGCUACCCAUUCCUGCCACAGAGCUACACUUACCUACCUUCAGCAGCUUUCCCUCAAGCGUACACAACCAACGAUCCCUUUCACCAGUCUCCAGCUGCAGCGCACAACACUGCCUUAAAAUAUACACUCCCUCAAAAUAAAAGUAGCAUUUCGGUGGCUAGCUUACCGCAGCCUGCAGCAGUAGCUUCUGGGUAUGGAAGCUUCAGUGGCUCAACUAAUAUCCCUGUAAAUUUUUCCUUAAAUCCUUCCAGCACUCCCACAAGUACAACAUUAGGAUUCAGUGAAGCUUUGAGCUCUCAAUACAAAGAAGUAGCACAUUACCUCUCCCUUCAGCAGAAUGAGAGUUCUCCCAUGUGGGUCCAUGGAGGCAUUUCCAGAACUGUGUCACCUCUUCCUCCCAAUACUUUCUAUGGCUUCCAAGGGCAGAAUCAGCAUAGCAGCUUCCGGCAGGCUCAGCAGCCCUCACACUAUGGGCAGAUGGGAUACCUUAAUUUCUUCCAGAACCAGCUAGGCGGACAGUCUCAAGAACAGCAACUGAAUUCUAACGAGGUAAACCUGAAUGGUUCUCAGGGGAAUCCCUCUCAGCAAUCUCACCAGCUCUGGCAACAUGGCUACUAAUGCAGAUUAACUUAUUUUAAGCAUAUCAGCUGCACUUUUUCUCGAGCAUGCUGGCCCGGUUGAGUGUUUCAUUUUGAUCUACUGUAUAUAAAAUGACGGAACCUUGAAUGCUGCUAUUCUCCAUCUUGAAAUCGAUGUAUUCUAGACAAUGAGUGUUUUUUUUUUUUUUUAAAUCUUUGUCGCAGGCGUGCCUUGUGGAACUAAUUUAACCUUGCUUUUCCUUUUUGUUUUUUGAAGUUAAACAUCGAAGGGUUCUUGUUCCUGUGAUGGAUAGUUUAAAUUAAUCCAAAAGUUUCUGAUUUCUGUUUUCUUGAGGA